UCUCUCGUUCCGGUUCCUCCCUCCUCACGGCGUCAUGACGGCGUCGACACCGCGGAUCACAACGGAGUCCAUUGAACAUACAGUCUAUCAGGUUUUUCCUUUGUCCCAAAUCUCCUCCUCGUAGAUGUGCAGCGCAGCGCCCCCUUUCCAUCGUAGAACUACCACGCCGCCGGCCGCCGUGCAGCACUCCUCGGUCUCGCCUCCGGCAUGGCCGCCGGGAUGCAAUAGCCCGCCUCGCCUUCGUACUACAACAACCCCCGAGAUGCAACAUGCUCCCUCGCCGGCGGUGGCGGUAGCGCACACGCCGAGCUGGGAGACGGUCGACCUGCUGUCGUUGAUGCCGUCCACGGCCUCGGCCACGACGACCGCGGCCAUGCCCGGCGGCCGGGACCACAACCACGACUCCGAAUGUGCCUGUGUUGUUCUUACCAAGUUUUCUGAAGCAUACCACAUUCAGGCAAGACUGAAGCAUACUGCCACAUUCUGCUUAUUUAACCAUGGUACACAACUUGCUCGCUACAGAGGAAAGAGAUGAUGCACAUUACUCCUUUCUGCAAGUAAAGAAAGGAUAUGUUCUCAUAACAAGGAUGGAAAGUAUAACGUCCUACAAAAACCAAUAUGGACAACACAGAUCUGGAACUCAAGAACAACUUGGUACUCAUGUAGCUGCUAAUGACAUGUGUGCACUGGAUGAAUGGCCAUCCCAUGCUCGCCGCAACCGUGCACAACUAUGGAAUGAAAGUGAUGGACAGAAUAAGAAAGGGCGAGGUGUACUUUUCGUAUUUAGGACAAAGCAUUUAAAGAGGUUCAAAACAAAGAAAAUGAAACUGAAGGUCCAGUUUCCAGUGAACAUAGAAGCAAUAUUUUCCAGACCGCAUAGAAAGGCACUCCGCAAUGCAACUCAUCACAGCCUCAUGGGUAUGGAUACAUGGCCAAACCACCAAGUGGUUCUGAAAAGGAUUAAAUCACAAUUUGAAGAGCAAGCACGUGCUACAGCAGAGAUCCAAAAGGUAAACUCUGAGCUCAGCCAUCAGGUCACCAAAUUACAAGAUCAAUUACAAGCUGAACGUGAAAGCACACAAGAGAGGAUUAACUUCGAGCGUGCUGAGAGAGAAAACCUUGAGGAGAGCUUAAAAGAAGAGCGUGCUGAUAUGGAAAGAUUGUUGGAAGAGGAGCGAAGAUCAACAUUGAAAUUUGAGAAAAACAUGAUGGCAAAGUUUGCACAGUUAUCCCAACAGACGCAAACACAUCAGACCGCUAGUACUACUGGGACUCUUGGUACAAGGCACAAUGUAAUUGCUCCCAAUACGCUCAUACAAGCUGCAACAAUUCGAAUGUUUCGAGCAAUGGAUCCAAAGAUUAACUAGAAUGUACUCUAGACCAUGGACAAUUUACUCUUCGCUCUUAAUUAGGUUGGCACAUUCAGUAUGUUGAAUGUGUGCUAAAUUAUAUUUCAGUUUCAUUUGAUGGAUAUUGGCUAUGCAAAUAUUGAUAUUGUAUGAAUGUACAUCAUAUAUGUAUUAUCUGAAUCAUGUAACUGAAUGCAUGUAUAUAUAUUUUUGGUUGCAAUAGGCUAUUGCCACAACCUAUUUCUGGUUGGAACAUGGUGGCACAA